CUGCAUGUGGCGGAGAUGCGGAUGUUACGAUGGAUGUGUGGGAAGACAAGGUUGGAUAGGAUUUCGAACGAAGUUAUCCGACGUCAGGUAGGCAUGGCACCGGUGGAAGAUAAGUUGCGGGAAGCGAGGUUGAGAUGGUUUGGCCAUGUGAGACGGCGGGAUGCUGACGCCCCUGUACGGAGAUGCGAGAGGAUUACGGUUAUCGGGAGAAGUAGAGGAAGGGGUAGACCUAGAAAGAAUUGGAAGGAGGUGAUUAAGCAGGAUUUAGGACUUCUCGACCUGACUGAGGAUAUGACCCUAGAUAGAAACAUUUGGAAAACUAUGAUUAGAGUAGCUGGAUAGGAGCUCGAAAUUAGUUUUAGGGGCUGUUUGUUUCAACCUCUUAAUGGUUCAGAUGUCUGAAUGGUUCAGCACUUAAUGGUUCAGACUGUUUGUUUCAGCCUCUUAAUGGUUCAGAUGUCUGAAUGGUUAAGAGAUUUGCCUCUGAAUGGUUAAGUAUUAUACAGAGUCUGAAUGGUUAAGACCUCUUAUCUGAAUUGAUCAGACAUUUGCCUCUGAAUAGUUAAGCAAUAUACUAGCUCUUAAUGGUUCAGACCUCUUACUGGUUCAGCACUUAAUGGUUCAGACCUCUUAUUGGUUCAGCACUUACCCAUUCAGAAGUUGCCAAACAGCCCCUUAGANCCUCUUAAUGGUUCAGAUGUCUGAAUGGUUAAGAGAUUUGCCUCUGAAUGGUUAAGUAUUAUACAGAGUCUGAAUGGUUAAGACCUCUUAUCUGAAUUGAUCAGACAUUUGCCUCUGAAUAGUUAAGCAAUAUACUAGCUCUUAAUGGUUCAGACCUCUUACUGGUUCAGCACUUAAUGGUUC